AUGGAACUCAACCGAGAACAUUUUCGCGCCAUAAUUUAUUACAACUUUCAGAGACAAUUAUCGCAACAAGAAUGCCUUGAUGAGUUACUGUCUGUAUUCGGCAAGGAAGCGCCACAUCAGUCGACAAUUUCCCGUUGGUAUGAAGAAUUCAAACGUGGACGGGUGAGUCUUAGCGACGAUCCCAGGGUGGGUGCACCAAAACCGGCAGUCACCCAGGAAAACGUCGAUGCUGUGCGCAAACUCAUCAUUGAAGAGAGACAUGUGACAUAUCGCGAGAGUGAGGCGUCCUUGAAGAUCUCAAAGACCUCAAUUCAAAAAAUUGUACAUGAACAAUUAGGAAUAAGAAAAUUAUUUUCUCGUUGGAUACCCCACCUGUUGACUGAAGAGCAGAUAGCAGCCAGAGUUAAUUGUAUUGUUAGUGGUGAUGGAUCGUGGAUUUACUGUUAUGAACCAAAAAAUAAACGACAGCCGGCUGUUUGGGUGUUCCAAGGUGAAGAAAAGCCAACAAAAGUCAUCCGUUUCGAAAAAGAUGCGGGUCAUAUUGCCACAAUUCCUCUUAAUGAGCAAAGAUCUGUUAUUGUGGAUUGGUAUACCACCAUUUGUUUGCCAAAACCCGAAAAAACAAGGAAGUAUUUAACGGAAGAAAACGUUCCCGAUCUAAGUUAUAACGAUUUGUUUACUUUCCCGAAAAUUAAAAACAGACUGCGUGGUCAAAGGUUCCAGUCACCAGAAGAAGCAGUUGACGCAUUCAAAAAUGCCGGUUUGGAUCUGCCAGCAAACGAGUGA